AUGGAUGGACAUGUUGCACACUCUUCACGUCCUAUGCAUUUUUUUUAUUCAAAUACUAAAUUCCGCUACGUUGCUCCAUUCCACAAGUCCAUAGCAAUCUUGGUUCUUGAUCUUGACACAGAAAUUGACAAUGCGAUAGCUGAAGGUGAUUUGCCAGUAACAAAGAUGAUCAAACCCAGAACCUCAAACACUGAGACAGCCCAUAAAGAAAAAAAGAUUGUGGUGGAUGCACGGUCACAGAAAGAAUCUUGUGAUGCUAGUACAACGUUGGCAGCUACUGAUUUGCACCGUCCAUUAUCACAACCCCCAAAGCCAAAAUUCCCAAGCCCUAGUCUUCCAAAUUCAUCCAACUCAACACCUUCCACUUGGAUGAAGAAGAAACUGAAACACAGGAGCACAGAAUCACCAUUGCAAGCUAGAGCACUCAUGCAUCAGUAUGACCAACUACAAGAAAUGCACUUUAGGAGGAGUAAGUCAUGUGGCGAGGGAAGACCACGUGCACCUUCUGAUGAAUUUGAUCUCUGGUGGGCUAUACCAAAUGCAGUGGAACGUGAUAACAUGCAUCAGAACAGCUUCUCCAAAACUGAAGACAUCAGAGAUAAUCUUGUGAGUGGGGGGAAGGAUGUGGAAACAUAUGAAGAUGAGGGGUUUAAGUGCAGUGCUCUCUGCCUGUAUCUUCCAGUCUUUGGGAAAGCAAAACCUGUUAAAAUGAGAAAAGAAGGAUCAGUAGUGGAAGGUGCUGUAAUAUCUAGGACGGUUUCUUUGGAAAAGUUUGAGUGUGGUUCUUGGGUUUCUUCUGCACUGUUCCAUGAGAUUGAAGGAGACCCCAUGAAUUCCUCCUACUUUGAUCUACCAAUGGAGUUUAUCAAAUGCAAUGCUAAUGAUGUGCAUGCCCCAGUUACCUCAGCUUUUGUCUUUGAGAAGGACCUUAAAGGGGUUCCUAAGACUGGUUCCUCUACAAAAUCACCUCAACAAGUUCGGUUUUCCACAUCAUCCUCUACAUCAAAGCCCACCUCUCCAGCAUCCUGCAUUACACCUCGUUUAAGCAAAGCCAGAGAGGAUUUUACAGUCUUCUUAGAAGCACAAAGUGCAUGA